AUCUAGAAAUUAUGGAAAUAGGGAGAGAGGAAGAAGGUGAUCAUGACAUGUCAUUGUCCAUAGGAACCCUGCAAAUUGCUGGGAGUAAUGGUUUUGAUCACAACAUAAUGUCUCAAGGAUAUCAAAGAAACAGCAGAUCUUCAGAGAUCGAUAUCGAGGAAGUGGAAAUCAAGGAUCGACCUCUCCCGAUAUUUCUUAAGUUUGAAGAUGUGGAAUAUAAGGUAAGAAGUAGCCAAGCUUCCUCUAAGAACCCUGUAAAGGAUAUGGUCUCAAAGGUAGCUUCUCAAUUGAGCAUGGAACAAGAUAACUAUAAGCACAUCUUGAAGGGUAUAACAGGUAGCAUUGGCCCUGGAGAAAUUCUUGCUUUGAUGGGACCUUCAGGUAGUGGAAAGACAACCUUACUCCAGAUAAUAGGAGGUAGAUUGCAUGAGAAUGUGAAAGGGAGCAUUACAUAUAAUGACAUUCCAUAUAAUCCAGCUCUUAAGAGAAGGAUUGGAUUUGUCACUCAGGAUGAUUUGCUCUUCCCUCAACUAACAGUUGAAGAAACUUUGAUUUUUGCUGCAUUUCUAAGGCUUCCUAGUAACAUGACUCAACAGCAAAAGCAUUCAAGAGUAGAGAUGAUUGUGAAGGAAUUAGGCCUUGAAAGUUGUCGCCAUACAAGAAUAGGAGGAUCACUGGUGAAAGGAGUAUCAGGAGGUGAAAGAAAAAGAACUAGCAUAGGUCAUGAAAUUCUAGUAGAUCCUUCUUUAUUGUUGCUUGAUGAACCCACUUCAGGCCUUGAUUCCACCUCUGCAAAUAAACUCCUCCAAAUCCUUCAAAGGGUAGCUAAGGCAGGAAGAACAGUGAUCACAACAAUCCACCAACCCUCAAGCAGGAUGUUCCACAUGUUUGACAAGCUUCUGUUGAUAUCAGAAGGUUAUCCAGUGUAUUAUGGGAAAGCCAAAGACUCUGUGGAGUACUUUUCAUCUUUGAGGUUCAUCCCUGAGAUAGCCAUGAACCCUGCAGAGUUCAUACUAGAUUUAGCUACCGGACAAGUGAAUGAUAUUAGUGUCCCUCAGGACUUAUUAACACCUCGAGGCGCUCCUGAAUUUGAGAGGGAAGUAGUUAAGUAUUUGCAAAGGAAAUACAAAGUCGAAGUGGAACCGAUAGAAAAGGGAGAGAACCAUGGAACAAGAAAAACACCAGAGCAUCUUCAACUAGCUAUUCAAGUUAAGAAGGAUUGGACCAUGAGUUGGUGGGAACAAUUCACUAUAUUAUCAAAGAGAACUUUCAAAGCAAGACGAAGAGAUUAUUUUGACAAGCUAAGACUGGCUCAAGCCCUUGGAGUUGCAGUUUUGUUAGGCCUUCUUUGGUGGAAAUCCAAGAUGAAAACUGAGGCUCAACUCAGAGACCAGAUUGGCCUAUUGUACUACAUCUGUAUUUUCUGGAGUUCUUCAUCAAUAUUCGGGGCUGUUUAUGUCUUUCCAUUUGAGAAGGUCUACUUGGUGAAAGAAAGGAAAGCAGAUAUGUACAGGCUUAGUGUGUACUAUGUUUGUAGUACCUUGUGUGAUAUGGUGGCUCAUAUUGUCUAUCCAACCCUUUUCAUGCUCAUCUUGUACUUCAUGGCUGGCUUCAAGAGAACAAUUCCUUGCUUCUUUUUGACAUUGUUUGCUAUACUGUUGGUAGCCAUAACAAGCCAAGGAGCUGGUGAACUCUUUGGUGCUGCAGUUCUAAGCAUAAAAAGGGCUGGGAUGAUUGCCUCUCUGGUACUAAUGUUGUUUCUCCUCACUGGAGGCUAUUAUGUUCAGCACAUUCCAGUGUUUAUAAAAUGGUUGAAGUAUCUAUCUUUCAUGUACUACGGGUUUCGGCUUCUAUUGAAAGUUCAAUACUCAGGAGAUCAGUUAUAUGAGUGUGGAAGAAAAGGUGGAUGCAGAAGUUUGCAGAGCUCACCAUCUUUUGACACAGUAAACUUGAAUGGUGACUUGAAAGAAGUCUGGAUCCUACUAGCCAUGGCCUUAACUUAUCGAUUUUGUGCCUAUAUUUGCCUUCGUAAGAGAAUAAGCAUCUGUAAUGUUUGAUUUAGCCCCACAGUACUCUGUGGUUGUUAGACAUACAUGUAUGAUGUAUCCUUCCUUAAACAUUGUUGUUGGAGCCAUUUCA